CACCUCUUCCGGACUCGCUUCUCACUUAAGUUCACGUAACGUGUAAAGGUUGAUGCUCCAUAACUUUGCGAUCAUAACCGUCGAACAACGGAUAAACCUUCAGGCAGCUACUCGUGUGAUGAACAUUGGUUCGUAUGGCAGAAAGAAACAAAGCAACCGCACUUAAGAAUCGCGCGUCUUACGUCUCUUUCUGCGGAUGCAACGCAGACGUCGUUUUUUUUUUACGAAAUGUAUGUCGCUUCGGAGAAAAGCAUCUGCUAAAUGAGUGAAUGUAAAUGAAAGGUGUGAGGAUUCAGAUGGCAUGCGGAGCGAGAUCUUUACGGCGAACGAAGAGCGGCGUCUUAAGAAAUUAGAACGGCGAGACAUCAGUGCUCUUGGGCCCAAAUCGAAGGGACUGAAGUCCUGAGCGGGAGCGUCCAGUCAGGACGCCGCUGGCAGCAGAAACACGAAAUGCGGCAGCAGCAAAAAAUCCCUUGGAGGGUUGAGCCGGGGACGGAGCUGAGAACGAACGCAGUCAUGGCUUCGCGAGAUCUCAUCGGUCUUGACAGGCUCUGGCUGAAAGAGCGAGCUUAAGCAGCGCGGGGAAACCUCAUUACGUCUUUCACGCAACGAUACCAAUAUGCAGUUUAAAAUAUUUACGAGAAUUGCCUAUCUUUUACAAACACGUAAUAAGUGACCGUUAGGCAUGUAAACAGGGUAAAAGCGGAGGCCGAGGUGUUCUGCACGCCGGAUCCCCUGCAUGCGGUCGGGUGUGGAAAUAUCAGUUCCGCUGCGCGAAGGAAAAGGACCGCGUUUCCGCGAGGGACAACCUGGCCCUUUUUUUAAUAUCCGAAGGCAAAUUUUAAACGGCCCAUUUUCGGCAUGUCCCGAAAUGCCCCAUUUCACAGCUUUACGCAACUAAAAAUACCUUCGUUUAAUAUUCGACGAGGUGUCCCUGCUCCUCACAGUGAGUCUUCAGAAGGUACUGUAGCGUAGGCUGUAUGUUUCCGCUGGCCAUUGAUCUCACGUCGCACCCUUUUCUCUACCACCGACGACCCUCAUCCCACCCCACCCAGCUGGAUAAGGGCGAGGCGAGCACUCUGGGGCUGCCGGCUGCUGCCGGCCAUGGCGGUUCCGACAGCAACGUGAGCUUGGAGACUCCCGAGGGCCCCGACCCUCAGCGCGCACGGGCUGCCAUCGAGCACCUGCAGCAGAAGAUCCUGAAGAUCACAGAGCAGAUCCGCGUAGAGCAGGAGGCGCGCGAUGAGAACGUGGCCGAAUACCUAAAGCUGGCCCACAACGCCGACAAGCAACAGGCCGCCCGUAUAAAGCAGGUCUUCGAGAAAAAGAACCAGAAGUCGGCGCAGACCAUCGCUCACCUGCACAAGAAACUUGAGCACAACCACAGGAAGCUGAAGGAGAUCGAGCAGAAUGGACCCUCCCGACAGCCCAAGGAUGUCCUGCGGGACAUGCAGCAGGGCCUGAAGGAUGUCGGGGCCAACGUCCGAGCAGGAAUCACCGGCUUUGGUGGGGGCGUGGUAGAAGGGGUCAAGGGGGGUGUGUCGGCCCUCUCCCACGCAGCCGUGGUCUCCAAGCCCCGGGAGUUUGCCAGCCUGAUCCGCAACAGGUUCGGGAGCGCGGACAACAUCGCCCAGCUGAAGGACACGCUAGAAGAUCCACGGGCCGAAGACUCGCCUCGCGCCCUCAGCGGCAGCGCCACGCUGGUGUCCAGCCCAAAGUACGGCAGCGACGACGAGUGUUCCAGCGCCACCUCCGGCUCCGCUGGUGGCAGCAACUCUGGGCCAGGCGGAAUGGCUGGCCUGGGUCCCGGUGGAGGAAGCCCUAAGGCCAGCGCAGUUGAUGGCCACCACCAUCACCAUAUACACAGCUCUUGGGACGGCCUGCUAGAAGAACUGGGCGAAAUCAAGGCCAGCCAGGCACACCUGGAGGACGCUCUGGAGGACAUGAAGACGCAGCUACAGAGCGACUACUCCUACAUGACGCAGUGCCUCCAAGAGGAGAGAUACAGGUACGAGCGCCUAGAGGAGCAGCUCAACGACCUGACGGAAUUGCACCAGAAUGAAAUGACCAACCUGAAGCAGGAGCUGGCCAGCAUGGAGGAGAAGGUGGCCUACCAGUCAUAUGAGAGAGCCAGAGACAUACAGGAGGCGGUCGAGUCAUGCCUGACGAGGAUCACCAAGCUCGAGCUCCAGCAGCAGCAGCAGCAGGUGGUGCAGCUGGAGGGGGUGGAGAAUGCCAACGCGCGGGCUCUGCUGGGCAAGCUCAUCAACGUCAUCCUGGCCAUCAUGGCCGUGCUGCUAGUAUUCGUGUCCACGCUGGCCAACUUCAUCACGCCGCUGAUGAAGACCCGCGAACGCAUGGCCGCCACCGUGCUGGCGGCGCUGCUGCUCGUCCUGCUCUGGAAGCACUGGGACUUCCUGGCCGCGUGGCUGCCUCCCAGCUGAGAGCCCCGCCCAGCUCCGGUCCUCCUCGUCCCGGCGGGUAGGGGUAGCGUUGUGCCAAAAGACUACCGCGAAGGGGGACUGCCCGCUCCUUUCAGUGCCCUAGCCGCCAGUCAUCCAUGGUUUGGAGAGCUGUCCACCUUUGUCACAAGACCGAAGACGCAGCGUAUGGCAAAUGAUUUCCGAAAACGGAGACUUCCUUCAAGCUGCCUUUGUACGAAGUGCCCCGCGGCAGGCGAAUCGAACGGGGCGCUAGACACGGCAGCGUGACUCACUGGUGGGGAGUUACCGACGGUGUUGGGCUCCAGCAUCACAGAGGGCGGGAGGGGGGGUGGACGAAACAACACGGCCGCGCGUCAGCCUGCCGAAGAAACGAGCGACAUCUUCCACUAGUGACAUCCGAUCCACCGUGAUUUUUCCGACGCCCUUUACUUCGGUUACCAGCUCGACCGCUUGCGUUUCAACACAUUCGUUUAAUUCUUGUCAAAGCCGCGCACUACGCUUGGCCCAGGGAAAAAUCGACAACAAUUCAUUCGUUAGUUGCUCCGAAGAUAAACGGAAAGCCGACAGGGUACCGACUGCACUUCUUUCCUUUUGUACCGGGGUCAUAAGCAACGAGGGUUGGGGCAUUUUCAGCGUAAGGGAAAUGUUUCAACGUCACAGUUGCAUACCUCGUUUUUGUCUGGGAGGAGUCUCUCAUACAUUAAUCAUUACAACUAAUUUUAAAACGUGUGCAAUUCGCCAGUAAGAUGUCGCACAGAACACAAAGAUCAUAUAAUAAGUUUAUGCGCAAAUUCAGCAUAGCUAUGUUUCUUGAUUUAGGGCACUUCCGCAAUAUAACGGGUCAUUUCGACUUUUCAGAUAUUAGCGCAGUUUAGCAAAAUUCCACGUGUUCUGAGCAAAUACAUUGAGAAAUGUUCAUCGUUACAGUCCAUCGGAUUUGGGAUAAUGUGAGAUCAAAGUCAGCAACUCAUAAUGUUCCAUAAAUACAGGUAGAUUGAUUAUUAUUUCAAAAAACUAAUCUCAUGCAGUGCGUUCUAGUCUAAACUCGGCGUUCCCCAGUUGCGGGGGGUACCAUACUAUUACCUUAAUUAGAGCUGAUGAGCAGAAACAUUAGAGGACGUCUGUUUGGGAGAGGAGUCUGAUGGGACAGUUUUUCUGCAGCGGGUGUAACGGAGAGGAAAAGCGCAAAAGUUGAAAUCGACAAGCUCACUUAAAAAGCAGCUGCAGCAGAAACAUCUAGAAGCCGAAGCCGUGAAAACGGCUUCCGAGGGGGAGCCUUCGGGGGAGAGGAACCGCAGAGCGAACCUGAUUCGGGCAGCGAUUCGUAGCAGGAGUACGCAAAGGCCGCAGCGGCUUUGUAAACGCUGCCUUCCUCUCCCGCGGUGAUCGGCUCCUUUCGCCGUUACCGCAGUCGCUAGGACAGCGAGAGCUCCGGCAAAACGUUCGUAUUAGACAUCGCGAAAGACGACGAAAGGUCCGAUCUGCUUUUGGAGUUUAAACGACAUUUGUAAUACCGAAUCAGAAGGGCCGCUAUAAGACGCGAAAAUAAGACACGUACAAUAGGUUCUAGGCCGUGUGAGAAAGAGAGCUGGGUUCAAAAUGCAUAAAAUCCAGUCUUGUUGCCCAUUACUGUUAUGUCAUUCUUGGAGGCAAAACAAACUGGACAUCAUCCAAGAAGCGAAGGCAGCACAAGUCUAAACCGAUAUGGAAAGGAAGCGCUCGAGGUGCGCAAGCUCGACUCGAAGCCAAGCGUUGGUUCACAUCCACGUGCGGAUGCUUUGUAGAAGCGAGAGGAUAAUGACGGUAAGAGCCAGGUAACGCUCAGGUGAAAUGUACAUAGGAAAAGGGUGAAGGUUUGUGGAAAAACUUGGAAACGUUGCAAGUGUUGUGCUUGCAGGGUAGACACGGGCUGUUCCGUUACCCGGUCAGUACUUACACCCGGCCACGUUCAAGCACCUUGAUUUGGGUUUUAACCAUAGGAUAAGACAACUGAAUGUAGCAGAAGGAAGAACAUCUGAAGUUCUUCUGUGGGAUCAAGCGAACGCUAUGAGCACCCAGCACAAAGGCCACACCGGUGGGUUUUACUUGAACAGGAUUUCCAGUACAUAGGUAUUGUGUCCCAAAACAUAAUUCCCAUUAACUUGAGACACACAGCUGUCAGUGAUAUUCCUCUUUUAUUUGUGCCGCUGUUAGAAAAGACAUUAAUUCUGUCAAUCGUCCAGCUCGUAUCCAUGGAGGAAUAACUUGCUAGCUACUCUAGGCAACUUGGAAAAAAAAGAAAAAAAAAAAAAAAAUUAAUUGCUGGAAGCAUCUAACAAUUGAUGGAGAGUUAACAGUAUGAUUGCUUAACCUGCCUGGUCUGACUGGUUGCAUUUCAAGUGCUAAAAUGGGCUUUUUUUUUUUUUUUUUUUUUUUAAAUUUUGUUUCCAGUAAAUUCCCUUUUCCAUCAGCAGCUUUGCGUACUUGUGAUGAGAAAAUUCAGCAAAAAGUUAUUUGCUACUUGUCAUUUAUAUGCCCCAAACUGCAAUUUUAAGUUCAGCAAUGAAGCUCUGACGUUGCAAACCUGAGCAAGACACUUAAAACGAAUCUCUGUAAAAAUGGGUGAAACUGUAUGCAUGCGUAAUUUUCUAUAAAAGCACCAGCUAGGAAAGAAAGGAACCGUUACAGUUACACUUUUAAAUAUAGUAGCAAAUGAAGCUUAUUGACCAAAAGGGAUCUUUUUAUAUAUAUAUUUUUGGUAAAUGAUCUUUUGCAAAUCUAGAGAUAUCCAAACAUUUCUAUCGCACAAAGGAUGUUGCAUUUCUGUCGUGCUUUAAACCGUACGCGUUACUUGAAAAAUUUAUACGACAGCGGAACUGCAUGGAAAAUCGACUGUUUUAUUCUGUCUAAACUAAUACGAAUUUUAAAUUUCUGGCACAUGUUAACACACUGUAUUUGGACAUAUUUAUUCUCAUGCAUUAACAUAUUUAAAGUUUUCGUUAAACCUAUUUAGCCUAUAUGUUGUAUCUGACAGAGGAUGACCAGGAAGCCUCUUGCCUAUAAUUUUUCAUUACAUGCUUCGUUGUUUCAUGAGCAAAAAAUGUUGCAAUUUUGUUUUUUUUUUAAUUGCUUAAAUUGUUUUCAUACCUUUUGCUAUGGAAAUGACCAAUUUACUGUAUGGACUGAGGCGGUGUUCUUACCACCAGCGUCACCUAGUGGAGGAACGUCAAAGUGCUUUCCCCUCCCAUUUCUUAAAUUUUGCUCUGAAAUCUGAGUUUCAGAUACUGCAGCCCAUUAAGCACUUACAAAUUAAACAGACUUUUUUGCUUAAGGAAAUAAUAUCCGUUUAUGGAAAGUUUGCAGAAGGGUGACCAAUGUACAACAAAGGGCUCCAACUAUUAGCUGGUCUCGCUGAGCGAAGGAGGACAGGUAUUCUGUGCCAAAUCAGUGCGCUUCCCAAAUGCCCCUGCAGGCCUUGCAAGACAUUCAGAAAGAACGGGGUUAUUCUGUGCCAAAUCAACAAGAGCUUCCCUCUUUUCUUGUGUUAUGGAUGACAAAUGUGUUUCAAUAAACUGCAGCAAAUACCCCAAGUCUUUAACCUCUCUUUUUUAUGA